AAAACAGCCGCUCCACUUUGACUGCCCCUCUGUGUUUCUUCACGUCUUCCUGACAUACUUCGCUAAACUUGUUUUUCUGCUCGUUUUACGUCUCUCCUGGAUUCUGCAGUGUCAAAGAGAUAACAUGCCUGAAAUACAUCUGGUCUUCAUUUUGUUCUCUCUUUGUGUGUUUGUGGCAGCUCGCUCAGCGCUGUGAUGUCAUAUCCUCCUCAGAGCAGCUAUUUGCCCUCCAGGAAACAGGCGGCCUCAAAGCUGUGGGUGUGUCUCAGCCAAUGGAGGUGCCACAAACAACGGAGGCCUGCUGACCAGAGCGAGCGGCCUGGCUGCGUGUGUGGCGUGUACAGACCAUCAUGGCGUCCCCUCGGCUGGAGACGUUCUGCUGCUCGAACCGGGAUCCGGCGACCGAGCUGGUUGUGACUUUCCAGCCGGUUCUGUUCGGAGCGCUGACGGUGGGCAGCGCGGUCCUGAGCCUGGUCUUCACCGUCCUCCAGAUCCUGCCCAAGAAGAAAGGCUACAGGAGACUGGGACAGUACCCUCUGCCCAGACCUGCAUCCUCGUCACGGAUACUCUUCAUCAUCAGCCUGUGUGAUAUUAUGGGAUGUACAGGCAUCAUUCUCAGGUCGUCUCUGUGGAUCGGUUUGCCCGCCACCGUGGAGCAGAUCUCCGAGGUCAACAGCACCGACGUUUGGCCGGACGUCUUCUGCCUGGGCAGCGCGAUGUGGAUCCAGUUGUUCUACAGCGCUUCUUUCUGGUGGACCUUCUGCUACGCCGUAGACGUCUUCCUGGUGGUGAAGACAUCCGCAGGAAUCAGCACCAUUAUCCUCUACCACAUGAUCACAUGGGGUCUGGCUCUGCUGCUGUGUGUGGAGGGCCUGGCCAUGCUCUACUACCCCUCCAUCUCCAACUGCGAACAAGGUCUGCAGCACGCCAUCCCUCACUACGUCACCACGUACGCGCCCAUGCUGCUGGUCCUGGUGGCCAACCCCAUCUUCUUCAACAGGACCACGUCAGCAGUGACAUCGCUGCUGAAAGGACGCCAAGGGAUCUACACGGAAAACGAGAGGCGGCUGGCCAGCACCAUAAAGAUCCGCUUCUUUAAAAUAAUGCUGGUUUUUGGCAUCUGCUGGCUUCCCAACAUCAUCAAUGAGAGCCUCCUUUUCUACCUGGAGAUGCAGGCCGACGUCGGGGACAGCACUCUCAGGAAUAUCCGCAACGCUGCGCUCAUCACCUGGUUCAUCAUGGGGAUCCUGAACCCCAUGCAGGCCUUCCUCAACACGCUGGCCUUCCACGGCUGGACCGGUCUGGACGUGGACCUGAGCCGCAGGAGGGAGCUGGCCUGGGAGUCGCCCUCCACCUCGGUGGCCAACGGCGGCGGCGGCCACAACGCCAUGGUGGGCACGGCCCUGCUCUACCAGAGUCACGUCCAGGAGGCCAAGAAAAGCAUGAACGGCAACGGGCAGCCGCAGUCGGACGCCAUCAGCGUCCUCUCAGAAGGUUCAGAAUCUAGCACAGUUGAAAUCCACAUUUCCAGCGAGCUCCCAGACUAUGGCGAUAUAGACGCUGAUGAAGAAUCCUCGGGGACGUCAGGGAGACAUUAGCCAACAUGCCAGCGUCAUCACACACUACUUGGGCUGGUAACUUUUAGUUGCUGUAAUACUUUUAUUAUCUUGUGUAAUAUUAGGCUCUUUUCUAGUUAGUUUUUAAGCUCAUGUCUGUAUUUUAUUUUGUCUUUUUGCACACAUUUUACACAUUAAAUAGCAGACCUGUUUCUUACAUGGGGACAAGUGUGUUGUACUUUAAAGCACUGAAAAUAACUCGUUCUAUAGAGUCAUGGACUAACAAAAAAAAAGUAGAAAUAUUACAAGAUUUUCAAAUCAUUUUUUAAGAAUUUUUACAUUUAUUAAAAUGUAAUUUUUUUAAAUUUGUGAUUUUAAAGAAAUGACAUUUUAAUUGAUAAGGCACGCU